AAUCAAUCAAUUCAAAAAUUUCAAAAUUAUUUCGAUUUUUUUAUUCUGCUCUUUUUAUUAAAAAAAAAAAUAACUGUCACCUUUUUUACCUCCCAUUCGUCCGUCACACGAAUUUCACUUGAAAGCAAAAAAUCAUAUUGAAAAAAUCGUAAUCCGGGUUUCUAAAGAGCAAGAGCAGCAGCAGCAGUAACAUCAUCAGCAACAUUCAAACUAAAAUAAUGCAGAAAAACUUGGAAUUACGUGACGUAUGCAGUUUGACAUCGACGAAGAAAUUCAAUCGCUGUCGUUCCUUUCACUUUCGGUAUCUGGAGCUCUGUCGGGCGAAGAAUCUGACUCCUUUGCCAGAUAUUCGCACAAAAAAUAAUGCAACAUCGAUGUUAGACUUUUUUGGUGACAAAUUAAGUGUUACUGAUUGGUUACUAAUCAUAGAAGCUCUUUACUACGACCAGGUGCUGCAAACGCUAAGUAUCCGCUUACGUAAAACCUUAGGCACAGUGUUGGAGCAUUUGGAUACGGAGAAAAAGGCAAGGCUCUUUAAACAGAAGCCGGUUAUCUGUACAAAGUUCGUUUUUUCUGGUAUCGUGGAGGCGGUCUCAAAUUGUAUCGAAUUCAAUAAGAAUUUAAGAAUUCUAAAUCUGGAAGGUUUGCCACUUAAUGACAAAUAUGUAGAAUCUAUAGCAAAGGCAUUAUCUUCGAAUGAAAGCCUUAAGGAAAUAAGUUUUCAACGUACGAAUAUUUACGAUAAAGGAUGCGAGGCUAUAUGUAAUACAAUUAAAUAUCUGGAAAAUGUUGAAAAGUUAAAUUUAUCUGAGUGUGAGCUAUCGACGAAAGGCGCUGAACAUGUAGCCGAUAUGAUAAAGAUACAAAAGAUCAGUCGCUACACAGAAGGCUGGCAAAAAUCCUUACGCUAUCGUGACGUAGAUCCCGAUACUAUACCCGGUCUGCGUUCGAUUGCAUUGGCGCGCAAUCCCCAAAUCGGCGAUGAUGGUGUUAAAGCAAUUGUUGAGAUAUUAAAAGAGGAUGUAUGGGUAAAAGUUAUUGAUAUGGAGAAUUGUGGUCUCACCGAUCGUGCCGCAAAUCUGAUUUUGGAUUGUCUCGAGGUCAACAAUUAUAUUAUCGAUUUUAAUGUACGUGGAAAUGCAGGCAUAAGUAAAUUUCUACAACGUAGCAUACGCGAGCAACUCGGUAAAGAGGAUGAGGAUCAAAAAAUGUUAGAAGGUCAAAUGCAACAGAGCUUGGGUGGUAAUGGACCGAAUUCUCAGUCGAAAAAGAAUCGUAUUACAUUGACACAGCUCAAGGAGCAAUUGAAAACGUUGGAAGAGCAAUUGGCCUUCGAGCGUGUACUACGUAAAAAAGCUGAACAAUUGAAUGAGAAACUCAAUCAGCAGAUAAUUGCUUAUGAGAAUCAAAUGGAGAAUGAAGCUAACUCUCGUAUACCGGAAGGGUAUGUUGUUGUCAAAAACGAAUCGUUGCAGUCCAUCAUUAAAGAACGCAAUGACUUCCAGAAACUGGCAAGUAGUGUGUGUCGCAGCAAUUCGCCACGCAAUAACAAUAGUCGAUCCAAGCAAACGAAUGCAUUGAAAAUGCAAAGUUCGCAUUUGUCGUUACGUGAAUCUCACAAUGUGAGCAAUUCGCAACGCAGCGUCGAAGAGACUUCGGGCCGUAGUAACACUGCUAUUGAGAGCGCGAAGAGUGCGUCGUUGCAUCAAGUUAUGCCAUCGCCAACAUCGACCGGGAAAGACAUGCAUCGGAAAUUACUUAAAGUGCGUAAAGUUAAAAGUGAGAUGAAAUAUGUGGAACCCACACCGAAGGAUCCCACGAAAAAGAAGGAGUCCAAAUCUGAUCAUGAGUUUGCCAAUGAGACUGACUUCAAACUUACCGCUGUGCAUUUCGAAACAAAUAUUGGCGAUUCGGCAGCCAAUAAUAUGCCUCCGAUGAUGUUGUCUAUGCCUCCAGGCGUUUCUUCGCCAUUGCUUUCACAAUUGACGGCACGUAUUGAUAAAAAAUCAAUGAAUACUGGCGGUGGUUGCGCUUUAUCCAGCGGUAGCGCUACCAGUAGCCCCAAUAAUUUUUGUAAUAAAAUUGAAAUGGACGAUUUGUCCAUAUCUACGUCACGUAGUCAAACUAGCGAUGGCUGUUCCAGUGAUUCGGAUACGUUGCGCAAUAGUGUUGCAGAUUAUCAACCAAUGAAGGUGUUCAUAAGACGCAACAAAUCGUUGACGUCUCAACAUCAACAACAACAACAAAGUGAUGGAGGCGUAAAGUCACCCCGUACGCUAUUUAUGGGACUGUGCGAUGAUUGAAAAAUGCGUUGACAAGUGUGCGUGUAUGGAAGAGGACGAAAACGCAAGAAAGCUCAGAAAAUUAUGUGGAAAUUUAUUUUAUUUUAUUUCAAAUGUUGAA